UCGGCCAUUAUUGGCAUUUGCCAUAAUACAUUUUUCAUUACAGCGAUUUAAUUUUUGUGCGUUCGUUUUGUUGAUUUACACUCGCAAGUGCAGCAGCGUAUUCAUCGUCGCCGAUUUGUAAUAAUAUGAGUAAUGUACCCAAUCAAAAUGGAUCAGGUCUAGAGCAGCAGUUUGCUGGUCUGGACUUGCAGGGCAAAUCACAGCCCAGUUCGGCUCCAAGCAAGUACGUUCCCCCUCAUCUGAGGAACAGACCGGAUAAUUCUGAAGCAGUAGAAUUAGCAAGUGUUAAUAGUGACAGAGAUUUUAACGCACCACGCCAAACAUCAGGAAACGAUCGACGUGGUGGCCGUAGAGAUGAUUAUGAAGAUCGUUCCUACAAUGGAUCGAGUUCCGGCUAUAGUGGCGGACGAGGCGGAGGUGGUUAUAGAGGCAAUUACCGCAAUGAUAGAGAUGGCGGCGAUUGGUCGCGUUUCAAUCAAGGAGGUGGAGGUGGUAGCAGGUGGCAAGAAGGUGGUGGAAGAAGAUCUGGAGAAAAUCGAAGAGGUCGUUGGGAUGAAUCAAGUGCUAACCAAGAUUGGACAAAACCUCUCCCCCCUGAUGAGCGUUUGGAGGAAGAACUGUUUGGAAAUCGUAGUACGGGUAUUAACUUCAAUAAAUAUGAAGAUAUUCCGGUUGAAGCAACUGGCGAAGAUAUACCAUCCCAUAUUAAUACAUUUGACGACAUUAAGCUGACAGAUAUUAUACGCAUGAAUAUUGCUUUGACUCGUUAUGAUACUCCAACUCCAGUUCAAAAAUACGCUAUACCAAUUAUUAUUGGUCGUCGUGAUGUUAUGGCCUGUGCCCAAACUGGGUCAGGCAAAACUGCAGCAUUCCUGGUUCCCAUACUUAAUCAGAUUUAUGAAAAAGGGCCAGCUGCAUACAGUAUGGGACCUAAGCUUCAGUCAAGGCGUAGAUAUCCUCUUGGUUUAAUAUUAGCUCCUACUCGUGAAUUAGCUACCCAAAUAUAUGAUGAAGCAAAGAAGUUUGCUUAUCGUUCUAGAGUGCGUCCUUGUGUUGUCUAUGGAGGUUCACAUGUUAUGGAUCAAAUCCGUGAUUUAGAACAGGGGUGUCACUUAUUAGUGGCUACCCCUGGUCGCUUAGUAGAUAUGUUGGAGAGAGGUAAAAUUGGGUUAGACUUCUGUCGAUACUUAGUUUUAGAUGAAGCUGAUAGAAUGUUAGAUAUGGGUUUUGAAACUCAAAUAAGACGUAUUGUUGAAAAGGAUUCUAUGCCUCCUCCAGGUGACAGACAAACUCUGAUGUUCUCAGCAACAUUCCCUAAAGAAAUUCAAAUGUUGGCUAGAGAUUUUCUUGACAACUAUAUUUUCUUAGCUAUUGGUCGAGUUGGAUCAACAUCUGAAAAUAUAACACAAAAAAUUGUUUGGGUGGAAGACCGAAACAAAAGAUCCUAUUUAUUAGAUUUACUAAAUGCUACUCCAAUUAGAUCACAACCAGCUGAAUCUUUGAUAUUGGUGUUUGUUGAAACUAAAAAAGGCGCCGAUUCAUUGGAAGAAUUUUUAUAUUCCAACGGUUAUCCAGUAACUUCAAUUCAUGGUGAUCGAACACAGCGAGAACGUGAGGACGCUUUAAAAAGUUUCCGAUCUGGGAACACACCUGUUUUAGUUGCUACAGCUGUUGCAGCUAGAGGCUUAGAUAUACCUCAUGUGACACACGUAAUUAAUUAUGAUUUACCAUCAGAUGUCGAGGAGUAUGUGCAUCGUAUUGGACGUACUGGCCGUAUGGGAAAUUUAGGUUUGGCUACUUCGUUUUUCAAUGACAAAAAUCGCAAUUUAACUAGAGACCUAAUGGAAUUGAUAACUGAAUCAAAGCAAGAAUUACCUGGAUGGUUGGAGAGUAUGGCUACUGACUUCAGAAUGAGUAGUGGAAGAAGAAGUAAUACAUCAAAAGGAGGAAGUCGUUUUGGUGGUUCCGGUUUUGGAUCCCGAGAUUAUCGUACUACAAGCAGCAUACCGCCACGUGGAAGUUCUGGUCCACCACGUAGAGACUAUGGAGGUGGCAGUAAUAAUGUAGGUGGGUUUUAUGGUGGUGGUAAUUAUGGAGGAUCAUACUCAAGUGGUGGUUCUGCUUCUAAUGGAAAUUCUUCAACUCAAGAUUGGUGGUCUCAGUCAUAAAUAUGCGAUAAAUAAAAGUAAUAAAUCAUAACUGAAACAUAAAAAAA